CGCGGGAUACAGCGAGCAGCUCGUGUGACUGAUCUCGGAUUAGACAUGACUGACGGCAUUACUCUACACAAUCUGGUCCAGGCAUUGGCCAAGGAGGAUCUUCCCAAGCACUUCCCUAACCCCAUCAUGAGGGUGCAGAAACUGGAGAACCUGCAGGUCUGCCUCAAGUACCUGGAUGAGAAAGGCGUCUCUGUGAAAGGGAUCCAUGCAAAUGAUAUUGCCGGUGGAAACAUGAAGACGAUUUUAGCCAUUUGUCAUGCUCUGAAGAGAUUUUUCACAACUACCAAGUCCCCUAAAAGCAAUGGAUCAGGUCAGAGUCUCCCCACACCCCACCCGUCCUCCUCCUCCUCCUCCUCUUCCUCGCCAGCCGGAGGAGGGAAACUGAGCUUCUCGUCUCUCGACCGAGAAGAUGUGGCACUGCUUGGCUGGCUGGGGGAAAUUGUGCACAGAGACAUUCCCAAUUACACUCUGCUGUAUGAUGGGAAGAUAUUGUGUGAUCUUGCCAAUGAAGUCAAGAGUGGAGCAGUCUCUGAACUGGACAUAAUAUCAGGGUCUGCCCCCGAGAGGCUUCAGAUUGCUUUCAAUGCUAUCGAGGCUAGUAUUUUUGUGAGGCCUCACAACCUGAGCAUUGUCCAGGUACCCGGCGGGAGUGAAGACACCAGGCUCCGCCACUACCUGCACAGCUGUAGGAGCGUCUACCUGCAGAUGGCGGAAGUGAGGAGGAGAAGAACAGGCAGCGGUGGUGGUGGGAGGAAAAGGGGGGAGGCCGGGAGAAACAUGAGCAAACAGCAACGCCACUCUGCGUUGAGCUCACCGUCGAAGAUGAACCGAGAGCAGGUAUUUGAGAGUUUGCGCAGCUUGAGCCGAUCGCACGCCCCGGGAGCCAGCAUGGAGCAGAAAGAGAAGGCGAAGGUCGAGGCUCGUUCACUGGAGGGCCUUCGCCAACAGCGAAAGAACGGAGACACAAUUCCUGUGACGGAGCAAAACCAGAAGAAAGGUGGGAGGGCUACAGGGGAACAAACAGUGGGGUCUAACAGACGAUCCAGCUCCACAGACAGUCUAUCUUCAGCCGCCACUGAGAAACUGAGCUCUGCUGCUGUCCGCAAGCCAAACGGCAGUGGUUGGAAGAGUCUUCACGGGUCUCACGAACGUCUCUCUCAGAACCAACGCCAGCAGGCGAUCCGACCGUUUACAGAGAUUUACAUCAGUGGAGACCAGAGUUUCUCGUUCUCUGGUCCACUCGGAGGCGGCACAAGCGGUGGUUCGAGGCUAAACAAGUCAAUUGAUCUCCUGGUAUCGCCCGAGGAUUGGGAGCUGGAUGGAAUAGCUGGGAGAGCCACACACGAGGCGGCCCUGUCUCUGUCGCAGCCUGAUCACCCCCGAUCCUCCCCCUCUCCCUCCCAACUCCCUGCCCCCUCUCUGACCCACGGUCUCAGUAGGUCCGUGGAACACGGGCUGGACCCCUCCCCAACGACGACACGACAACUCUCUACUCCUUCACCGAGAUACCACUCCGACCUUGAAUCAAGUCCUCACAGAUCCUCUGACUCAAAUACUACGUCUCGCGGGUCGAGCUACACCCUCCCACGGACAAAGAAACAGUCACUGAGCCUCUCCCCUCCCUCUUCGCCCACCCCUCCCCCACCCCCCUCUGUCCCGCCGCCCUCCACUGUCAACCAACCAACCUUUCUGGCUCCCGGUGGAGCCAGACAGGGCAGGAAACUACCGCCAGCCUACCCUGUUCCAGAGGGUGACUCUGUGGCAACGGAGAUCAACGACCUCCACGACAGGAUAGCGCUACUCUCCAAUCAGAUCCUCUACGAGAAAGCCGAUGUGUUUACUCACCUUCACCGUGCUGUGAUUCGAGAGAGGAAACGGAGACAAGCCGUCGAGAAGCAACUGAAGGAUUUCACGAUGCUCGCUCGCCGGCUGGCCCGUCACUAUGACAACCUGUUCAUGCAGCUGGGCAGAGAGGUGGCCAGUCUAAGACAAGAGGUGUCUGGUAGUAAGGUGAUGAGAGAGGGAGAGGAAAACCGGUUUGGUUCCGGUUCAGGGAACAGGCUAUACCUGACUCGUGAGAUUGACCAGCUCAGAGAACAGGUUGCUAAACUGAUGAGUCAACAUGAUUUACGCUCGUCCCGCACGUCCCUCCCUGGCUCCGCCCAGCCACACCCUGAACACCUCUUUCUGAGAAAGAGAGCUAACAGUGAUGCCAGCCUCCACGGACCAUUCAUGACUGGCCCUCACUCGAGUUUCAAGAAAGUGAGCAAGUUUUUCGGAGAGGAACCUCCGCGAGUUGAGACCAUCAAGACCUUUCUGGAGGGACUGGGCUAUUCACACCUGCUCCCGACGUUUGCGGUCCACCAGAUAAGUCUGGCAGAGUUGCACCAGAUGACUGGCGACCAUCUCGAGAUCCUCGGGAUACCCCUGGGUCCUAGGGUCAGAAUCAUGUCGGAACUUACCAAACUGGAACCUUUGGAUCAGCACUUGGACAUCGUCUAGCACAGACACACACACACAUGCUAAUUUGCAUUAUUAUUAUUAUUUUGACAAAAUAAAUGAAGGAUUUGUUUUUUUAUAAACUCAGUGACGUCACAUAGUAACCUUUCAGAGAUUUGAAACGGUAUAUAUAUAUCCCUAGAUGAACGAGAGGCAAAGCAGAAGAGAGGAAUUUAGUUUAUACGGAAUGGGUUAUCGAUCGAGCACCUCCAGUCCCUGUACAGCACUUGGAACCGAUAAACUAGUUUCAGUUUA